CGGCCAUCUGUCUACCCGCUGACGCUACCUAGCUCUAUAUAGGGAAUGCCGAUGUUUCAUAUCAUGACGAAGCUCUAUAAAUGGACCAUGAUCAAGGCGUCUCUAAACCCAAAAAAAAAAGCAAGAUUAACAUAUCACCGACUGCACCUUAAAUAGGAAAAACGAUGGUGGCGAUCUUGGCUUCGAUAUGUACAGUAACAUUUAUGUUACUGUGUUUUUUAGUUGCAUCAUCGGGUGCUGAAGAGGCUCCUGGCAGCAGUUGUGACGCCAGUCAUCGGUGCAACCAGGGACGGUGCUGUAGCCGUUUCUUCUACUGUGGUACCGACUAUGACCAUUGUGUCCGUUUUUGUUCCUGGCAGUGCCAUUAUGUACCACCACCGACACCGCCACCGCAUAGAACUGCGGCCGUCGCAUCGCGGCGGCCGGAGGGCGCCACCGAUCAUCUACUGAAUAUUAAUGCCACAUAUAAGAAUAUUAACUCAUCGUCGCCAUGCGCAACUUCUCUCUCCAACGUGCCGCUGGCUGUGCGUAACGAGUACGCUUCGGCUGCUUUCGGCGCAAAGAAUUCGCUGCCACAGCCGACUAGAAAUGCUACUAGUUAUUGCGGCAAGUGCAUGAAGUUGACAAAUCGAGUAAGUGGAAGUGAAGCGAUGGUGCGAAUUGUUGACGAACGUAGCAGUGAGGGUCUGGAAUUGGACCGUGAAACUUUCGACAAGCUUCGUGGCAAGAAGAUUGCAAAUGCCGAGAGUGAUGAUGAUCGCCACCUUGUGCUGGAGUAUCGCUUUUAUAACUGCAGUUGAAGACGGAAGAAAGUCAAGGAUAGGAUGGGGCUUUUUCACUUAUAAUUAAUCCAACUGAUACACAAGUAUGAAGUAUCUACGAUCAUGAUGAAAGCUAAUGAAUCAGAAUGUUAAAG